AUGGAGGAAGAGCUGCGGUGUCCGUUGUGUCGUCAUUUCUUCACCGACCCAGUGCUGCUCGGGUGCGGGCACUCGUAUUGUCGGACUUGUACAGUAAAAGCAGUGCAAAACCCGUCGAUCACUGGCCGACCGUCGACCCCAUCGAUCUCGACAUCAGCCACAUCAACUCCAAUCCCUCCAUCACUGUUGCCCAAUCAUCACGCGCUCUCAUCACCGAUUUCACCAAAUUGUUCAUCUGAUCGAAGCUCGGACACAAUCUCGUUAUGCGUUUCGGAUGAUCAUGAGAGCGACAAAUUGUCGGUGGUAUCGGAGACUGAUUCGGGAGUCGUGCUGCUGGGAAGACCCUCUCGACCAUGUUCGAUGAUCGGUCCACCAUCAACCUCUUCGUCGAGCCGUUUCCCCCCGUUGUUCCCCUCGAUUCUCACACCGUCCACGUCAGCGCUGCAGCUCACAUGUGCCGCCUGCUUUAAAAGCACUUACUACACGGAUGAGGUAUCCAUCCAACAAUUGCCCACGAAUGCAGCGGUGGUGAACGUGUUGACGAGGUACCUCGCACAACACCCGAAUUUGGCAGCGAAACACGGAAAUGACGAACAAAGCACACAAAAAGGCAAUGGGGUUAAAGAUGCGAAGUGUCAGCUCUGCGAGGAGGGUGAGAAAUCAGCGAGUGUUUGGUGUGAACAAUGCGAUAUUUUCUAUUGUGAUUCAUGUCAGGGAGCAUUGCAUCCAAUGAGGGGACCGCUGGCAAAGCAUACGUUGAUUGCUGCGGCACAGAAAAAACUCACAGCGAUCUGCAACGAGCCAAAAUGUCUAGCUCAUCAGGAAAAGCUGACAAUGUUCUGCGUCAUUUGCAAGACUCCAAUCUGUUCAAGAUGUGUUCAGGACAUCCACCACGCCAAUCACGACGUUCAGAAUCUUGCGCAGACGUCAAAGACGCAAAAGACAGAUCUCUCUCAAACCCUUCAACAACUCUCCGAAAAGGCAAAAAGAGCAAGUGAAGAGAUUGGACGACUCAAACAACUUCAAGAAGUCGUUAAUAACAAUUGCAAUGACUUUAAAUCGUCUGUUUGCAUCCAAAUCGACGCUUUAGUCGAUCAGUUGAUGGCAAGGAAAGAAGAACUGAUGACACGCAUUGAACAGGAUAAAGAGCACAAGCGUCGUGUUCUCCGCGAUCAAAUCGGCCGUUGCACAAAUAAAUUAGGCAAAACGACAGCGUUGAUUCAAUUCGGGAUCGAGGUUUUGAAAGAGCCGGAUCCAGCGACUUAUCUAUUGAUCUCUAACGCAAUGUUACACCGCUCAAGCAGUCAGGAAUUCCUUUGGCAUACCGAAAUGCGCACGAAACCCGAGAUCGACCCCGAAUUUGUGCUCAACUUGGACACAAAGCACAUCCACUACGCGAUCGGCACCCUUGACUUUGCUCAGCAUAAAGGCUCUCAGAGUCGACGAAUCGCUGGCGAUUCGAGUAAAGUCCCCUCUUCACCGGGAUUCGACGCGGCCGAAUGCUCUGCAGAGAAUAACUCUGUCACGCUUGUUUGGCGACCCAGGCUAGACGGGUGCGCGAUUGAUGGUUAUGCACUCGAGAUCGACACCGGCAGAGAUGACGGCGUGUUCAAAGAAGUCUACUCUGGUCCGGAUACGAUUUGUACAAUUGAUGGACUCCAUUUCAAUACGAUGUACGCCGCGCGGGUGAAAGCUUUCAACUCAGCCGGCGAGAGUGUCUACAGUGAGCCGAUUUGUCUACAAACGGCACAGGUCGCCUGGUUUCAAUUGACGAAAAGCCCAUCACAACGGGAUAUGCAGUUGACAAAUGAGUGCAUGACAUUAACGGGAACGACGAUCGAACACCGCACAGUGCUCGGGAGUAUCGCUUUCUCGAAGGGAGUUCACUAUUGGGAAGUAACCGUCGACAGAUAUGACGCGAAUGCCGAUGUCGUUGUUGGAGUUGCGCAACCCUCAGUGAACAGAAAUGUGAUGCUAGGAAAGGAUUUACAUGGAUGGUCGAUGUAUGUUGAUGCAGAAAGAUCUCGGUAUUUCCACAACGAAACCCAUCAUCACCGAAUCUCAGGCGGCAUCUCGAAAGGCUCAGUCAUCGGUGUUCGGCUGGAUUGUGACCGCGGGACGCUCACGUUCACGAUCAACGACCGAAAACGCGCCUUCGAGAAAGAGACCGUCGCGUUCAGAAACAUCCCCCGUGGCCUUUACUAUCCAGCAUUUGCUGUGAAUUGUCACUCGUCGAUCACCGUGCACACCGGUUUAGCGCCACCAAGCAGCCCAACCUCGUCCGAAUGCUCAGAUAGU